AUGUCCCAGCGCGUUUCCUGUGCUUGUGGUGGUGCUGCUUCCUCCCUCCUCCCUAUUCCUUCUCCCGUUUCAGCUUCCCUUGCCCUGCCUGAGCUCUCAGGCAGCUCAGCUGCCCCCACUUAUUCGAUUGUUCCUUGCCUCUCCCCCUCAUCUUCAACUUCUGCCCUACUUGCCAUGGCUCUCCCUCCCACCACUCUUCCUCCUCUUCCUCUUGGUCUGGAUAACGGCCCGGGAUCCCCUGAUGAUCAUUCAGCCUUUCCGCUCGCUGCUCAUGCGGCACUCCCUUUCUCCUCAUCUCCCAUACCUCAUUCUCCAAAUGUUCGAGCAGGAUCUCCGCCUCCUCUUCCUUGA